AUAAGAAGUGUGAAGGAGGAUAAAUGACACGCGCUCGUUGUAAGUGUCAGUUGAGCUCUGCUGGCGCCGCAGACGGUUGGACGGAUCCAUUACAGUAACAGAGGGUAUUCAUGGGCUCAGCGUGUCCUGGAAAAGCACUCUGCGCAAUGACCGAGGGAGAUAUCACCGUGUUUACACUUGGACCGACGACGAUCGAUCAAAAAGAUCCGAAACAUUAUGCUCUCCAAAAACUCUACUGCAAGAAUGGGGGAUACCAUCUCCGGAUCCAACCCAACGGGACUGUGGACGCGACUCGACAAGACAACGACAUUUACACUCUUUUGAAGGUGAAAGCAGUAAAAGCAGGAGUGGUCGCAAUCAGGGGUCACGAAACUGGAUUUUACCUUGCAAUGGACAAAUCGGGAAAACUUUAUGGCACUGGUACGUUCAAUGAUGAAUGUUACUUCAUUGAGAAGAUUGAGGAGAACCACUACAACACGUAUCGUUCACAGUGGCACCAGGAGGAUGGAGACUGGUACAUGGGUAUCAAGAAGAAUGGACGAACAAAAAAUGGCAGGAGAACGCACAAGGGCCAAAAUGCAAUCUACUUCCUACCAAUUCCAGUAGAUGGCAGCAUUCAGUAAAAAUUUUACUGUAUCAGAGGUCUUUACAAAACAUAAAAACUACACAAGGAAACUUGUAAAGUAAACAUGAUAUAUGGGACAUAUAUCUAUAUAAUGGAUUGUAUUUGUAUAUAUCUCUUAUUUCUUUUCUUUUUAUCUGUAAGUACCUAUGAAUUGUUAUUUUUUCUUUUCAUUUUGAUAUCAAAGAAGCCACAAAAAUAUUUUAAGAAAAAUAAAGUAUUAAUCAUUUAUGUGAAUAUACUGUAUAGUAUUUGUACUUUGUAUUUAUGAUUAAAAUUAUUUUUAGGCAGUUAC